AUGCCCACGAGUGAGGCGGCUAGUAUGGAUGAGGGGAGGUGGGAUGAUGGGUUCUCUUGGGAAGUUGACCGACGUUUAGUGAGAGAGAGCAAGACCUGCCUCACCAUUAGAUCCGGGACUGAGCCAUUGGGCGCUUAUGAUAGCGUGGCUCCUGUAGAGGAGUGGGAAAGGAUACCGAAGUACCGCACACGCUCUGAAAUGUUCUCGUUUGGCCACGACCAGGCGGGUUCUAAGAGGCCCUUCGCCGUGCAGCAGCGGAGGGGGAAAAUUGUAACGCAAGGCAAUUGCUUUGAGCUCGACAAGACGAAUUCAGCUCACCUGUUGGACGAGAAAGACCCUCCUUCUGUUCGGACGAGAACCGAUUUGGAAUUGGCGCGGAGGACUGAGAUGAAAAAUACCGCUUCCAAGCUGUUCAACCAAUGGGAAAAGGAUCAUCCCAUGAGGAUACCGGAAGGAGCGCCCUCCAGUGAUAAUCAUAUUGCUCAACCGAAAAUAACACACAUUGGGCAAAGGGCCACAGCUGACCAUCAAGCCUCGAGGGUCUGCGCUGGUCUCAUGCCAGUGAAUACAGCUGUGAAUCCUGAGAGGGAGUCCAAGACUUUAAGCCUGCAGUGGGUCGACGAACCAGCGGUACGUACUCGGUCACAGCUGAUGGAGGUACGUCGGGAAGGGUUGAAACGAGAUCUCGACGAGUGCAGGAAUAGAGGAGAGGCCGAGUUCGUCCCUUUGAGUGUUAGACAGACUGCGAAGGAGGCCGCAGCUUACGAGUAUCGGAAGGAUGUGGGAGAGGCGAAGACGAAGACUGGCUUGGAUCUACAGCGUCGUAGAGAGAGGAUCGAGCUCAACUUGGCCUCUUGCCGACAGGAAAAGCCAAGGAUACCAGCGUUCUCGGACCACGAUGAGCCGUGGUGGACUUUGGGUGGAAACUAUACGGGAAGACCGAGGGGGGUCUCAUCGAGCAAUACGCAAGAUAGAGGUCGAUCGAUCAAGUCCAGGGUGACAGAGGCCACCUUCAAGAUCACUGAAUCUGUACCGGAGCGGCCACCUCAGGCGCUGCGGCCAGCCCGCAGGGAUCCGCCCCUAAUAGGAGACGUGAAGCCGAAGUCCACCGAGCCCCUCUUCCCUGAGUACUCCUGCGUGAGCUCUCGAGCCGCCAGUGUGAAGAGCCUUCUUAGAGGUAGGAGUCGAACAGUGACGAGAUGGACGACCGAGAUCAUCGAGCAUGGUGCACUGCGUAAUGGUAAGAGACUCUUUGACUCGCUGCAACCAUCUCCAGUUUACGUAAAGGACUUCGCUCCGCUAGAGGUCUACAGUAGUUUUGAUAUCAUACGACGCGACGCUUUGAAGAAGCAAGCGAUGGCGAGGAGUGACGGGGUGUCUGCUGUCAGCAAGCUGGCGUCGAUCGCACUGAGUCAGCGGAGCGGUGCUGCAGUAUCUGGGGAGGUCGGAUUAAAUCAUUACUCAUGCAGUCUCAUGGGUUUGAGGCCUGCUGUGAUCGACCAGGAGAGGCGGAGUGGCGAUCUGCCCCCCUGCAAGAUUGCCAAGACCGGCCCCAAGAUGAGUGUGCCGUGUGGUGAUGUCUGA